AAUCCGGAAGCGCAACCGGGUGAGCGCGCGUUUCCGCCGUGGGGCGUGCGGCUUGGAGGGGCCGGGCUCCUCUCCCAGGUGUCUCGGAGUCACCGCGGCCGGAGUCUCGCGGGGACAUGAGUGACACCAGAGGCGAUGGCGCGCGCCUCAGGCGCUAUCCUAAGCUCCCGGUGUGGGUGGUGGAGGAUCACCAAGAGGUUCUGCCUUUCAUAUACCGGGCCAUAGGUUCGAAGCAUCUUCCUGACAGAAAUAUACGUUUUUUACAUUUUGACUCCCACCCAGACCUCCUUAUUCCUGUGAAUAUGCCAGCAGACACUGUGUUUGAUAAAGAAGCACUCUUUGGCGAACUGAGUAUUGAAAAUUGGAUUAUGCCUGCAGUUUACGCUGGCCAUUUUUCUCAUGUAAUCUGGCUUCAUCCAACAUGGGCCCAGCAAAUCAGGGAGGGCAAACACCACUUCUUAGUAGGCAAAGACAUUUCUACCACAACCAUCAGGGUUACAAGUACAGAUUAUUACUUCCUAAGUGAUGGUCUAUUUGUACCUGAAGAUCAGCUAGAGAACCAAAAGCCCUUACAGUUAGAUGUGAUUAUGGUAGAACCUUACAAACUCUGUAGCAAUCAAGAUGACAGUGACUCUGUGUCUUCUACAAAGAAGCCCAAGCUGGCACUGGGAGGUGGAGAGAGCACUGCUGCGGCUGAUGGGGACUCUUGCUCAGAAGGAUGUCGACGGGAUGCGGUGACACCGAGAAGUGACCAUGCUUGCCAAGAGCCAUCCUGCUCAUGUUCUGGAAGUCAGCCGAGCCAGAGUGCAGCCAGUGCUGGGGAGACGCUAGACAUACUGAAGACGGGAGAUGCGUUUGUUUUAGAUAUUGACUUGGAUUUUUUUUCUGUCAAAAAUCCCUUCAAAGAAAUGUUCACUCAGGAUGAGUACAAAAUUCUACAGGAGCUUUACCAGUUUAAAAAGCCAGAUAGUAACCUUCCUGAGGAAGAUUUGGUAGAUAUUGUUGAUGCUCGAACUCAUCAGUUAGAAGAUUUAGAAGCAGUUUUUGCUGAUUUGUGUGACGGCGACAGUGAAGAAACUGUACGGGGCUGGGCUUCAAACCCUGGAAUGGAAUCACUAGUUCCACUGGUACAGAGCUUGAAAAAACGGAUGGAAGUUCCAGACUAUGAAAUGGUUCACCAGGCUGGGCUAACCUGUGAUUAUUCCGAACUUCCUCAUCAUAUCAGCACAGAAGAAGAAAUCGAGUAUCUUACUCAGUCUAUGUAUUUUCUAUUGAAAAGUCUACCAAAGCCUACUCUUGUGACAAUUGCAAGGUCAAGUCUGGAUGAUUACUGUCCUCCUGAACAAGUUGACAUGAUUCAGGGAAAGGUCCUCGAUGUGCUGCACUCUCUCUACGGGACCCUGGACACUCACCUGGUGUACUCAGAAGAGUCCCCUCAGAGUUGAGACAGCGCUAGGCUGCUGUGCAUUUUGGCACAGUGACAGGGCUUUUGUUUGUGGGCUUCCAGAGUGCACUUUUUAUGUUAACCCUCAGUUGGAAUCAGUCAGAUAUUUUGAAUCUCCAAGCAAGUAUCAGUGCACAACAGUACAGCAGUUGGGGUAGAUGCAGGGGUUCUUGUUUGGUUUUACUGUUACCCAGUUAGGGUAUCAGUUGGAGACCGUCGGCUGGCUAUCUUCCUUGCUUCCCAUCACUGCCUUUGAUUCUGUAAGAGGUUUUUUUCUCUUUCCCCAACAGGACUAUAGAUUAUAUGAGAUUUACUUAUUUAUUCAUUCAGCUGAUGAUUAUUUAGCACUUUCAUGUGUCGGGCACUAUUAAAACAAAAUGCCUGCCCUCCUGCGGGAAACAUGAGAGGCAAAUGAUGGCCUGGGAACAGCCUCAAGAAAACAAGGGAGAGCCCCAGCUGUGUCCGCUGUACCGUCAGUUCUCAGGGCACCCUGGCCUUAUGAGAAAGAAACGUUCUCAAAAGUCAUGUAGAAAGAGCCUUGUCAGUCCAUGACCGUGUUUGCAGCAAGUCAGCCAGUCCAAGGCUGUUGGAAUUGUGCCCACACUUUGCUAAAUGUUCUCCAGACUUCUUUUGUUUGAGUAAACCUAAUCAAACAAAAUUGUAGGUUUUGAGGUUUUUGUUUUGUUUUUGGUUUAGUUUCGUUUUGGUUUUGAUUGGUUGGUUUUGGUUUUCUGAGAUGGGGUUUCUCUGUAUAGCCCUGACAGGUCCUGGAACUCAACCUGUAGACUGAUCUUGAACUUAAAGAUCCAACUGCCUCUGGGAUCAAAGGCGUGCGCCACCACUACCCAGCUGCUUACGGUGUUUGAUAACUGGAAAUGCAUUCUGGGAGUUUUUUUCCUUGGUGGUCAUUAUGGGCCUCGGUUGGCAUUUAAGCACUAAGUCAUUUUCUUGGCAAUCGAUCAAUCAGUCAAGCGGCAAGAAAGUUAUUAAACAGUUGAGAAUGCUCGAGGCUCCCGUACGGCAGCUCACAACCUCAUAACUGCAGCGUUCUCUUGUGGCCUCCCAGCACCACACACACACACACACGCACACACGCACACAUGCACACACGCACAUGUACAUACCCAUAUGUAAAUGUAUAAAUAAAAAUAUUUUUUAAAAUAUCAAGGUCAAUAAAUUUUUCUGAUGAACCAACUUUUUAAGGAAAAGAAAUAAGACAAUUACAUGUUUGUGACCUGACAUAAAUACCCAAGGAUAGCUGCCUUCCAGCCUUCUUGCAGUGUGACUGAGCACAGUGGGUCCGUCCUUGGGUGAGUGCAGAGAGACAACUAAGAAGAGUGAAGAACAGUUUCGUGUUUGAAGCCGGGAGGACAGCACUCGGAAUAUUUAUAAUAUGUGAAGAACGAAGGGAAGACUUGUGCAAGGUUUUGCUGGAAAGGAGAGAAUAUUUUCUGCUACAUGCAUUGAGAUCGUGCCUCAUAUAUUUAAUGAGCCAAGUUUGCCCUUAGUGACCCGAAGGAGCGUCUGCAGACACCACUGUUUAUCCUCCCUGUUCCCACCCCGCCAGCCGUGGAUAGGACCGUCUUUAUCAUGGAAGUUAGUUUCUCAGUGCAGCUUUUCUCUGCACUUUGAUUCACUUUUGUUCAGUAAUUACUUCCUAACUGCUUAAUUUCUUUAAAGGGUAAGAUGAUGUGUAAAGAAACAAAAAAUAUCCAUCACUCCCACCUGAGCACAGCAGCCCUGGCCUGCAUGUGUGCCUGGAGGGUCGAGCAGCCAAGAUCACAGUUAGCUCACUGUGGCUGGUACUCUAGGACUUGUUACCCUUGUGAUGUGGUACAUGGAACCAUACUCCGUUCUUACACUAGUCAUGUUUUCCUCUGGUGAAUUCUCUUGGCACUGAGGAGAUCUACAAAAUCUAAUACUAUGAAAGCUUGUUUGUUGUGUAAACAAAACCAACUGAUUUACCCAUCCAGUCUGAUACCCAAAAGGUUUGUGUUCUUACAAACGCAGAAUUGUAAAAUGGUUUUUAAGUUCUGAAAGUUUCCUGUUAAGAGUUCUGUAAAUAGACAUUUCUGUGAAUGAAUUAUUCUUUGUGCAAAAUGAAAUUAAAUGAUGUGUUUGGAAGUUUUAAGGCUUUCAGGUGGAACUAUAGAACUAGUUUUGUGUCAGUGUGUGGACUUCAUAGAGUUUUAGCUGUGUUUUUGUUUUGAUUUUUUAUUGUUGGAGGGGUUUAUUUUGACUCCAGUGGACUCUGAUGUGAUUCAUCAUUUUUUAACCUGGAUUGGAUAAAAGUGUAUCAGUUAUCUAGGCAUGCAGUACACACCUGUAAUCUCAACCCAAGCUAAUGAAUGAAUUUCCUAUGAGUUCAAGGCCAGCCUAGGCUACAUAGUGAAUCUUAUAUCAAUAAAAAGAGACAAAA